GGUGCUGCUAGAUUGAGAGGUAGAAUGUUUCUUACCUGCUUCUUGUGGACUUGGCUCUAGAGGCUGGUGCAGGAGCUUCAACACGAUAUUUGGACCUGUGUUUUAUGGAGAUCACCGACUAUAGUGGACCAUCUUCUGCUCUACAACAUGUAAACUGCAGCAAAAUCUGGUGUGCAGAAUGAGAUGCCGAGUGGUUGUGCAGCUCAUCUCCCUGGUGAUUAUUAUCCUGAUAGCAUGGAUACUCAUCACCACGCAUCCAUUCGAUAACUACCUGACAGCAGAUGACAUUUUUGCCAAUUCAGCUCCAAAGAUAAAAUGUGAUUUAUUGAAGGACUGUCCAGUAGGAACCUUUGCUGUGCGCGUCAAAAGUGGUGCACAUACUGUCGUCGGGCCAUCGAUAUGUUUCGACGGUCAAAUUGUAAUGAGCCAUAUUAGCAACAAUGUGGGACCAGGAUUUAACAUUGUAGUGGUAAAUGGGGUGACCGGAGCUGUGGAUAAAUUUGGAUAUCUUAACUCAAAGGAUGGCCGACCGGAAGAAAUUUUGACGUAUCUGAAAGAGAUCGAGCCGGGGAGGAUUGUUUUGCUCGCCACGUUUGAUGAUGUGACAAAAAAGCUGACAGAUGAAAUAAGGGACGUUUUGGAAGGCAUGGGGAGCACUUUGAUCAAGACGCUAAAAAGCAGAGACAACUGGGUGUUUGCAGGCGUAGCAGGACAUAAUCUGAGCCCAUUUGAAAAGAUUUCUGUAAAUGAGCCCAAGAAUAAUACAUAUGGGGACUGGCCCGAGGUGGUGGAGAUCAGCGGCUGCUUUCCAAAGACCGUGUAAAGUGGAUGUUAUUAUUAUUAUUAUUAUUAUUAUUGCUUAGAGCUGAAUCUGAGUAAUAAUAAUAAUAAUUUGACAGUUUUGUGAGUCUAUAUUAAAUCAUACCAGGUGAAGAUAGUUGGAGAAUCAUCUACAACUGUCAUUACAAGUGUUUUUUUGUAGUAAAUAGUUGUCUUUGUGGUGGUUUUAAUUUUCGUUGUAAAAGAGGGACAACACAGAAGGAACAAUGUUUUUUAUUUAAACGCCAAGGUCAUAUACAGAUACAAACAGCAGUGUUACAGUGACAAUAAUUGUAACGGUGCGUAGAACAAUACAGGGUCUGGUGUGUCUAAUGAAGAAUGUGUGCACUUGUUUGGUAAACUUGGGGUUCGGCAAUGUGGCAAUGUAUUAAAAUCUAAUGAAGAAAGGCUCAAAAUGAAUAUUAUCAGCACAGACGAGAUACUUGGCUGUGCACCUUCUCAUUUAAAGCUGAAACAAUUGCGUGUGUGUCCAAAAAGCAUAUUGUUUGAGCAUAAAUCUGCAUUAAAACAAAAGUAAACCAAAAGUACAGAAUCAUAAUGAAACAUCCUCUCCAGAUUUGUCAGAGCGGGAUUAAUUUUCCAACAUCAUAUCGCCCACAUCAGAUUAAAUGCAUCUGUAUCACAAUGGCCUGCACAGUGUUAGUUCUUAUAAAAAAAACAAAAAUGCAAAUUAAAGACUUGUUGUGGCUUUGUAAUUUGCUGCAUAGCACAACGACCUGUCCACAGCUCAUGGUAAUAGAUUAUUUACAGAAUAUUUGAAUAAAUCAUUUGCACUGAAGAACAGAAUGUGUUCAGUGGAAUAAACAAGAACAAAAAAAAAACAAAAAAAAGCCAGAGAUUUCCAGUGUUUUAUAAGCAGGGCAUUGUAGACACUCCGCAGCGUGACAGUUCAGUGAUAGGAUUUGAAACUGCCGGUAGUGUGACAGGGCCUGGUGGGGUCACUGCUAAUCUUCCAUAUCCCGCAUAGUUUGGAUUCACUCUGUACUUGGCGCUGUCACUUUAGGUUUGUCUCAUUGUUGGAGUACCACACCCCUCCGAGCGCUUCUCCUCUGGGCCUGCAGCCGUCCCCUGGCACAUCAUCCCAGCUCAGUACGCUCUAUUCUACAUUCUCUUCUGGUUCAGCAAAGAAACUAGAGUCCUGGAGGUGUGGGUGAUAAUCCAUCCAUGCCGACACCGCAGAGUGAGGGGGUCGUACGAGGAAGACGGGUUUGUUUUUAUGAGGCGGUUUGAGUAUCAAGGUGAAUACUGGACAUGUUGAGAUACUGCAGGAACAAAUCUUGAGGUGAAAUUUGGAUUUUAACGUCAAUUUUCAGUAAGAUCUAGUUGAUUCAAAUACUAAAAGUCCAAAUUCAAAGCUUUUAUAUAUGAAAUACAUCCCAAAUAUGUUAAGCUCUGGCCUUUUUUUAUACAUAAAAUGCCUUAUAUAUGUCAUGGAAUACUUAAUAUAUUUAAUAUUCUUACAUUUAUGACGUUUCAAAUCUCUGUACAGACCAGGAGUAAUGGGACCCCAGGAGGUACAGACACAUCACUGUUUGUGCUUUAUUCACAAAAUGAUAUUAAUGUUAAGUGUUUGGGAAGGAUAAAUCGUCUUCAGUUUGGUCUAUUUUUAAGUUUUAAGUCAUUUCAUUAGGCUAAUUUGUUUGUUAGUUAAUAAUUUUGGCAGUUUUGUUAAGUAAAUAAUAGAGGAAUAAAAACAAAUCUACCUCUUUCAUCACGUUUUUAAAACCUUUUGACAUUUCAGCCAAUUACAGUACAGUUUUGUCCCUAUUGGCUUAUUGGCCCAGAACCUCAAGAAUUGGCAACAGAAGUAAAAAAAAAAAAAAAAAAAGGGUGAAUCAAAGAAUUAUUAUGCUUCAUCUGACUGUGACAAAGUCUGUCUUAACUCCACUCGUCCCUUAUUUGUCCAGCACACACUUUAUUUAACCUCCUGAGACCUGGUGUCCUCAUCUGUGGACAACAUAUUUUGGGUUG